AUGGCUGCAACGACCAAGUUCAGUUUUUCCGUCCGGAGCAUCCUGGAUCUGCCGGAGCAGGAUGCGGAGGCAGGGCAGCGGUCCUCCCCGGUGUACACCUCCUCCUCCUCGUGCUCCUCCAGCUCACCGUACACCUCCUGGAUGGACUGCUGCGACCGGAGCCCCUGCAUGUGUAAGUACACAAGCUUCUGAUGCUGACAGUGCUCUCCAGUUCCAUUUUAUUUCUAUUUUGCAGCUUUAUUUUAAAAUAUUUACAAGUACCUUGGGGGUUUAUUUUAUUUUUUAUUGAUGCAGAAUAUUCUUGUGGAAAAAAAGUUUGAAAAAGGGAGUUAAGGGCAAGAAAAGUGGGGUGAAAAAACGAUUAAAAAAACGGACAAAAGUCAGGAUUGCGCAUAAAAAGUUGGGAUUGGUUAAAUGAAAUGUGAUUUAAUUUGUGAAACUCUUGAAUGAGAUGAUGAGAUGAGAUGAGAUAGAUAGAUAGAUAGAUAGAUAGAUAGAUAGAUAGAUAGAUAGAUAGAUAGAUAGAUAGAUAUCUGCGUAAAAUGCGUAAAAAGACAGAAUAAAACUUUAAUUUUGCCUCCAUCUCCACUCUGAAGUCUAACCUCCAUCUUUCUUUCCUGCAGCUUCAGAUGAAGGCAGUCUUGAGGCCUCCCCGGACUCCACCAAACCAGAUGACUCGUCCCCAGACUCGGAUCCGGACAUGACCAAGAAGAGCAAGAAGCGCCGCGUCCUCUUCUCCAAAGCACAGACUCUGGAGCUGGAGCGGCGUUUCCGGCAGCAGCGAUACCUAUCCGGCCCGGAGAGAGAGCAGCUGGCCCGGCUCCUCUCCCUGACCCCGACCCAGGUGAAGAUCUGGUUCCAGAACCACCGCUACAAGAUGAAGAGAGGUCGGGCGGAGGACUUGGAGAUCCCACAGCCUCCUCCGCUGCUCCGCCGGGUCGUGGUUCCGAUCCUCGUCCGGGAUGGGAAACCUUUCCACACCUGCUUACUGGACACAGAGAAACCGGGCUGUUUGGCCCCCUCUCAGCCGGUUCACUUCCCUCUAGCGUACCCUCCUCUGCAGCACCCCGCCGCUGUCUCUCUGCCUCCCCGGUACCAGCAGCACUUUCCCUCGGCGUCAGCCCCCAGACUCGCCUGGAGAGACUUUUGGAGCGACUCGGUCCACUUUAACUCUUACAAAUGA